CGGGAGCGCGGCCGGGCGGACGGAGGACAACGGGACAGCUGGCGCCGGGCGCCGCGGGCCGGGGCGCGCCAGAUGAUGGAUGUGGACGUGCUCCUAUGAAGAAAUGACGCGUGGUCCGAGAGCAGACAUGUCCAGGCUGCUGCCUCCUUAGCAACUAGGGCUUGGUGAUAGCUCUUCCCGGGACGCAGCUGUGGUGUGACCCAGGAACAGGAAGCACAUCAUCACCAAUGACAUCAUGACAGCAAGAGAGCACAGCCCUCGCCAUGGGGCCAGGGCCCGUGCGAUGCAGCGGGCUUCCACCAUCGAUGUGGCGGCUGACAUGCUGGGCCUCUCUCUGGCAGGAAAUAUACAAGAUCCAGAUGAGCCCAUUUUAGAAUUCAGCUUAGCUUGCAGUGAGCUGCAUACUCCAUCGCUAGAUCGAAAACCAAAUAGUUUUGUAGCAGUGAGUGUAACCACCCCUCCUCAGGCAUUCUGGACGAAGCAUGCGCAGACGGAGAUCAUCGAGGGAACCAACAACCCCAUAUUUCUAAGUAGCAUUGCCUUCUUUCAAGACUCUCUCAUCAAUCAGAUGACACAGAUCAAGCUCUCCGUGUAUGACGUCAAAGAUCGAUCUCAGGGAACAAUGUACCUACUGGGCUCUGGAACCUUCAUUGUCAAAGACCUGCUCCAGGACCGGCACCACAGGUUACAUUUAACGCUAAGGUCCGCAGAGAGCGACCGCGUGGGUAACAUCACGGUGAUCGGCUGGCAGAUGGAGGAGAAGUCGGAUCAGCGGCCCCCUGUGACCCGGUCUGUGGACACUGUCAACGGGAGGAUGGUUCUGCCCGUCGACGAGAGCUUGACCGAGGCACUAGGAAUCCGAUCCAAGUAUGCGUCCUUGCGGAAGGAUACCUUACUGAAGUCAGUGUUCGGCGGUGCCAUCUGUCGCAUGUACCGGUUCCCCACCACCGACGGCAACCACCUGCGGAUCCUGGAGCAGAUGGCAGAGAGCGUGCUCUCCCUGCACGUGCCCCGGCAAUUCGUGAAGCUCCUGCUGGAAGAAGAUGCGGCCAGAGUGUGUGAGCUGGAGGAGCUGGGGGAGUUGUCCCCUUGCUGGGAGAGCCUCCGGCGCCAAAUCGUCACCCAGUACCAGACCAUCAUCCUCACGUACCAGGAGAACUUGACCGACCUCCAUCAGUACAAAGGUCCCUCAUUUAAAGCAAGCAGCUUGAAAGCAGAUAAAAAGUUGGAAUUUGUCCCCACAAACUUGCACAUACAAAGGAUGAGAGUUCAGGAUGACGGAGGAUCAGAUCAGAACUAUGACGUCGUCACCAUCGGCGCGCCUGCAGCGCACUGCCAAGGCUUCAAGUCGGGAGGGCUCCGCAAAAAGCUGCACAAGUUCGAGGAGACUAAGAAACACAGUUUUGAGGAGUGCUGCACAUCGUCCAGCUGCCAGUCCAUCAUCUACAUCCCGCAGGACAUCGUCAGGGCCAAGGAGAUCAUCGCCCAGAUCAACACCCUGAAAACCCAGGUCAGCUACUACGCAGAGCGGCUCUCCAGGGCGGCCAAGGACAGGUCCGCCACCGGCCUUGAGAGGACGCUCGCCAUCUUGGCAGACAAGACCCGGCAGCUGGUCACGGUCUGUGACUGCAAGCUGCUGGCCAACUCCAUCCAUGGGCUGAAUGCCGCGCGGCCCGACUACAUCGCCUCCAAGGCCUCCCCCACUUCCACCGAGGAGGAGCAGGUCAUGCUCAGAAAUGACCAGGAAACCCUGAUGGCCAGGUGGACGGGGAGGAACAGCCGAGAAAGUGUGGCUGAACGUCGACAAGAGCCUGGAGUGCAUCAUCCAGCGCGUGGACAAGCUGCUGCAGAAGGAGCGGCUGCACGGCGAGGGCUGCGAGGAUGUCUUCCCCUGCGCAGGCAGCUGCACCAGCAAGAAAGGUAACCGCAACAGCCACGCCUACUGGAUCAGACCGGAAGACCCCUUCUGUGAUGCCCCCUCCUCGCCAUGCCCCUCCACCGUGCCCUCUGCUGCAUGCCAUCCUCAUCCGACCACACAUGGCAGCCCCCCUCCUGAAGAGUCCAGUCCAGGGGAAUGGAGCGAGGCCCUCUAUCCGCUGCUGACCACCCUCACGGACUGCGUGGCCAUGAUGAGUGACAAAGCCAAGAAAGCAAUGGUCUUCCUGCUCAUGCAGGAUAGCGCUCCCACCAUCGCCACCUACCUGAGCCUGCAGUACCGCCGCGACGUGGUCUUCUGCCAGACCCUCACUGCUCUCAUCUGCGGCUUCAUCAUCAAGCUGAGGAACUGCCUGCACGACGACGGCUUCCUGCGGCAGCUCUACACCAUCGGGCUGCUGGCGCAGUUCGAGAGCCUGCUCAGCACCUACGGUGAGGAGCUGGCGAUGCUGGAGGACAUGAGCCUUGGGAUCAUGGACUUGAGGAAUGUGACCUUCAAAGUCACCCAGGCCUCAUCUAGCGCAUCAACUGACAUGCUGCCCGUCAUCACAGGAAAUCGCGAUGGCUUUAACGUGCGGAUCCCUCUGCCAGGCCCGCUGUUCGACGCCCUGCCCCGGGAGAUCCAGAGCGGCAUGCUGCUGCGCGUGCAGCCCGUGCUCUUCAACGUGGGCAUCAACGAGCAGCAGACGCUGGCCGAGAGGUUCGGCGAUACGUCCUUACAAGAGGUUAUCAAUGUGGAGAGUCUGGUGCGGUUAAACUCCUACUUUGAGCAGUUUAAGGAAGUUCUGCCUGAGGACUGUCUACCUCGAUCUCGGAGUCAGACGUGCCUGCCAGAGCUGCUGCGGUUUCUGGGUCAGAACGUGCAUGCCCGGAAGAAUAAGAACGUCGACAUCCUCUGGCAAGCUGCUGAGAUCUGCCGCCGCCUUAACGGGGUCCGUUUCACCAGCUGCAAGAGCGCCAAGGACCGCACGGCCAUGUCGGUGACGCUGGAGCAGUGCCUGAUCCUGCAGCAUGAGCACGGCAUGGCGCCGCAGGUCUUCACCCAGGCCCUGGAGUGCAUGCGCAGUGAGGGUUGUCGAAGAGAAAAUACAAUGAAGAAUGUUGGAAGUCGCAAAUAUGCAUUUAAUUCCCUGCAGCUGAAGGCUUUCCCCAAGCAUUACAGGCCUCCCGAAGGGACUUACGGAAAAGUUGAAACGUGAACACAUGGUGUCCUCUAGCCGUUGCGUAAUAAAUAGUCUACAGAGCAUGUUUUUAUUUUCCCGUUGGCAUUGAUAGGAGGUCAUGUUGGCUCCAGAGCAGAUAGUGACAACCGUAGCCUUCAGCUGUGACUCCAAGAUUCAUUGACAGGUACCUAGCAGAACCCAGCGAGGUUUGUCUAAAAUGCUAGAAGACUCUUUCAAAUGCCCACCUAACUUAUUUUUCUACUGAGUAACUCAAAAGUGAGCAAUGAAUUGCAGUCUACUUUAAAAAACUCUGAAUGCGUGCCAGGAUAUACUGUAUUUAGUGACUGGACCCUAGGCAGACCAGUAGAUGUGAACUGCAGUUUGGGGACUGAAGCUAUUUCUAGCUCAUAAAGGAGAACAGCUGAUUCUAAUGAGCCGUUCUAGCUACAGCACCACCAUGAAACCGAUGUUGAAAGGUUGGAAAGCAGCCUGAGGGAUCCGAAGGUAACACCUGCCAGUAGCCACACAGUUGCGGGCACUUUCACUUUUGUCCCUCAUGACUGACAGGUCAGGGUGUCUGAGACCAGAAGCCAGCAGUAAGGUCCUGUUCUCCUACGCUCCACGUCUUCAGUCCCACCAUGCCCACAGGGCAGCAUCUCCCUGUUUCUCUGAAUGUCAAGUUAUCAGUGGAGGGCCUCAAAUGUGGCGUGUCUGAUGUCUUCAGAGACAACACUCCGUGAGGAGUUUGUAGCUGGAGAGAUAGUGGAAACCUCCGUAUUUUCAGAGCAACUGUACUCUUACAGGAUUUCUAAAAUAUCUUCUUCGAAAAGACAAUGCAAUCAUGUUUGAAUGUCCGGUGAAAGUGUCUUAUUUUGAGGUUUGCAAUAAUUGUUAUGCUCCUCAUUCUGUUAUGUAAGAUGAUUGAGAAACAGUUGAAAUGAUCUCCUCAAGUGAGAUUUUGAAAGGGGUUUAUGGGGCCUAAAAUUCAGGCAUUUCACAGUAAAUUGUGUCUGAUCAUCUUUUAGAAGAUGAUGCAUCUUAUCUGCAUCUAGCAGAAUUUAUUUUCCUUAAUUUAUGCGCGUUCCCAGUUCUGUCGGUCACGAUCGUGUUUCCAUGCUAUUUGAAGGCUAUCAAAGAAAUACACGCAGCACGUUCUUAGUGACGUCGGGCCUAAUCAUUUGUGGGCCCCUUGGAAAUUCUUGUCUCCAAGUCUGAAUAUCAUUCUCUUGGCUUCUUUAGAAAUGCCACUUUGAAACUUGUCACAAAGUUGAGCCUGGGGUGCUAAGGCAGAGGCAGGACCGCUUGGCAGGGACAUGGAGGUGGCAGGCAUCAAGGUAGGGGUGGAACAGGUGACAUUCCAGAUCCUUUCUACCCAGAAGUCAGCAUGCAGAACGUGCGGUGUGCCGGUACCUGCCGGGAGGGGGACAUGACCUGGUGUGGAAGAACAUUUGCUGCUCACAGCCCCUGCCUCAAAACUGAGUUUGCCAUGGAGGGCAGAAGGCCCGGCGGCCACGCCCGGCGCACAGUGGCCACUGUGGCGUCAGACUGGCCUCUCUCAGGGCCGGGGCCCUGUUCAACUACAGCUGGGUUAGCCUUUCACGCCCCAUCAUCUCAUUUAAUUCGUCAUUUCUUACUUUCAUCUUUUCCCUUUUUAACGUCACUACCUUCCCAAUUAAAUGUUGCCCAUACUGUUACCCGAUUUUUUUUUUUUUUUUUGUCUAAACAGCAUUAAGUAACCCGCAUUUAUUAAAGGGAAUAUAGCAAAUGUUAAGUCAUCCGUCGGCAGUUUUGCAUGUGGCACCUUUAUGUGAAUUAUGUUCCCAGAUUUUACCUUAUAUUGUGGGUCACCAUACAACUCUAAGACUUGGCCAGUCAUGGAGACGGUCCAGGUUUUGGUCUGGAGGCUCCAUCCCGGGCUCAGCGGCUCAUACCCUGCCAGGUCGGGGCGACGCUCGUGCUGCACCACCGUGGGGCAGGGAGCCCCCGGCCUCGUCGGAGCGUGGAGUGGGCGGCUGCACGAGGAAGGCAGUUUGACAGGUUCCCAUGACAGAGGUUGCGGCCCUUGUUCCUCAGGAGCCCCAGCGCCCCGUCCGGAAACAUUGAGACGCGUGGAAGACGGACUGGAGCGUGGGCUCGCUCAGAGCUCCUGCAGCACAGUUGCCUUUAGUUGCCCUUAAAGAUGUAAAAAUAUUGUAUAAUACAGUUUUGUCCCUAUACAAUUGUAUUUGCCAAGCUUAGUGUAUUAAAAUACUUUUAUUUAUUU